AACAUGAUGAAGAGUAGAAAGCACUACAAGGGAUGCAUAUGUACUAAAAACGCGCCUCAUAGGUCAGUCGCUACUUCACAUUUUCGCUAUCAGGAGCGUGAGCUUCUCUAGGAUGCCAUCGAGGAGGGCAAUCUUAAUCGGAUGCAACUAUCCAGGGACCAAUGCAGCCCUACGCGGUUGCGUAAACGAUGUAUGGGGCAUGAAGGCGAUACUCGAGGAGUUUUAUGGCUUUGACUCAUCAGACAUAACGAUUAUGAUUGACACGGACCGGCAGUACCUGCAGCCUACGGGGAAGAACAUAAAAGGAAAGAUCAUCGAGAUGGUCGCAGCUGCACAGGAUGGAGACAUUUGUGUUCUACACUUCUCAGGCCAUGGAACCCAGAUCCCAAGUCCCGAUGGAGAGGAAAAAGAUGGCAAGGAUGAAGCAAUCUGCCCUACAGACCUGAACGUCAUCUGUGACGACGACUUGCGUGCGCUGCUGAAGCCGCUGGAGGCCAAACCCGGCGUCAAGUUCACCUUCGUAGCGGACUGCUGCCACAGCGGCACGCUACUGGACCACGGGUCGGUGCAGAUCAGCGGGCCCAAGGCGGGCGCGCCGCCGCCCCCGCAGGCCGACACGGGGGUGCUGGCGGGGCUGCUGGCGGCGUUAGGGCAGCCGGAUGGGCGGGACUUCAAGAACCGGUGAGAGCGCAACGUUAACGGGGGCGAGGCCAUCAGCGGACCUCAGCUGGAGGGAGCGAGCCGCCCUCCCCUUCAGCGAUUUGUGCGGGCUGCUGGGCGACCUGCUGGGCGGGCAGCGGGUGGACGCGCGCAACGUGCGGUCGCAGCUGGGGCAGCUGUUUGGGCCGGACAGCAGCGCCAAGGUGCAGCAGGUGGUGCAGGCGCUGCAGAUGCUGACCGCGGGCGUCAAGGCGUUUACAGGUGACGGCGACAACGGCAAUGGUGGCGGUGGCCUAGGCGGGCUGAUGCAGCUGCUGUGCUCCUGCCUGGCGCCGCCCAGCACGGUGGAGGACGGACCCACGGGUCAGCCGGCCAAUGCGAGCAGCGGCCCAGGAGCACAGUAUGCGGUUUCCGGUGGGAACCCGGGUGAGCCCGAGCUGCUGGUGACGCUGCCGGCCCCUGGCUCCAAGCCGCCGCCCGACCAGCAGCUGGCCGCGGACGUGGGCAUCCUCAUCACCGGCUGCCAGUCGCACGAGACCAGCGCGGACGCCUGCCCCAGCGGCAACCCCAGCAAAGCGCACGGGGCGCUGUCCAACGCCAUCCAGACAGUGGUACGGCAACACCACCAACAAAUGCCAGACCAACCGCUAACGUUCAGGAACCUUGUGAUUGGCGUCCGGGAGCUGCUGGCCAAGACCGGCUUCAGCCAGAACCCCUGCUUGGAGUGCAGCGACAGCAACGCCGACACGUCCUUCAUCGUACAUUGAAGGGUGCAACGUCCAUACGACAAGUGUGAUUGCCGGUACACAUCCUGCAAGAUAUAGGGAUGAGGGGCUAAUCCGUCCAUAGGGAUGAGUGCCGCGCGGGAAAAUGCUGGUGAGCCACCAAUGCAAGAACGGCAAGGGGUAGUAGGGGGCUGUGAUUCACUGCCUGCUUAAGAAGUGAAGAUGCGUGCUCUCCAUCUUCGACAUACCGGUACGUGCGCUUGCAGAUUUUUGUACAUGUGGUGUGGGGCUGUACCCGUACAGCACGUUAUGGUUUACUGACCUGGCCUUGCGCUUCCACGGGGUUGGUGGGCUGCGAUGGUUUCUAUGAUUUUCCCUAGUGUUGUUGUAGGAGUUGGACUGCAAGGGAGGAAGUCUUAACACCUCUUAAGCGCGACGGUGAAGGGGUUUGAGCACUGGUGAAACCUACAUGGUCUGGUGGCAGAGGGUAAUCCAUAUACCGGUACAUUUGGGAGAACCUCAAUGGCAUAGUACAGAC